CAGAAGAGAGAGAGAGAGUUAGAGAGAGAGAGAGAGGGAGAGAGAAAGAGAGAGGAAGUCACUUCAGAGUCUGAAUGAGUUUCACGUUGAAGAGGAGGAGAGUGUACAGUAGUUUGAGGUGAUGCCUUUGUAAUCUCAUUCAUUGAACAUCUGAAUAAUGAGUUGACGGCUGCACACUUCAUGAGAUCUGUUAGAAAACUUGGACAAACAGCAGCACAAUGGAUACUGUUUCAGCAGCUUCAAUAAGAUCUACUUUAAAUAGAAAACAAAUGGAAACUAUACAACAUAAGGAGGUGAACUGUGGUCAUGGCAGCAGCUCAGAGAACGACAACCAUGAACGACUGCAUCUACUCCACUGUCAGCAGGUUAAAGAAGGUCAGUGUUGGUGAGAAAAGUCAUCUCCAUCAUCCUUCAGUGGAAUACAAAGCACCAAAAUUACCCUUUACACCACUGGAGAACUUGGGCAACCAGUGGGAAGAUUCGCCCAUGAUGGCACACAGGAGCCUGACCUUUGACCCCCACAGCAAAGAUAAUGGUAUUUUGGUAGGCAACACGCUUCCCAGAUCAAAUGGAGGGAAGAUUAAAGACAAAAUUUCUCUGUGGGAAGGGAAGGAACCAUGUAAUUCAUCGCUAACCUCAGGUUUCUCAGGGCAAAGUGCCAGUAUAAAAAGGACAGAUUCUCUGCCAAAAAGUGGGGCUAAAGCUGCAGAUGAGCAACAUGUACAUGACUGUACAAUGGUGACCUGUAAGGAGAAGAAGGAUCUGUCAAAACAGAAUGCAAAACAAGGGGAUUCGAGGCCUUGUUCCCCUGACAAACCUGGGAAACAGCACAAAGGGACACUCAAGAGCGGUAAGAUCAAUGAAAUCCAAAUAGAGGAGGAUUUUAGCAGGACUGGCCACAAAGAAAACCAAGAGAAUGAGAAAGAGAAUGUAACAAAGCACAUGGAUUCGAGGGACUGUUCGCCUGCUGUGAUGGAGAAACAGCAGGUGGGAAGCUUGAAGAGAAACAAUGACAGGAGGAAGGCAGAGCACACCAGCCAAGAGAAGAGAGCAGUGUUCAGUCUCUUUAAAAAGCUGGAGGCGAUGGGAGAAAAUCAUAGAAGGACACCUCCAGAACUCGGAAACUACUUCAGCCCACCGAGUCGACACAAAGAGAUGAAGAAGAAAGACUCUGAUGCUUUAAGUGAAAGGAUUGUGAUGAAUGAAGGGAAACAACAGCAGGAAAGUGUGUACACGGAGCCAGGCGACCCCCCCAUUAACCCGGUCCCCAAACCCAGACGCACCUUCCAGCACCCAACCCACAUCCUCACAGGGACGGGCCAGAGACGGGGGAGAGGACAGCGGAACCUCCCCCCUCUGCCUUCCAGCGCCGCCACACAAGUUUCCUCUAAGCCGCCCUCUGGUUUCUACAACAGAUCCAGGGAUGAGGGAGUCAGAGAUGAUAGCAACAGGAAAUCCUUUGAAUUUGAGGACGUCCCAAGGUCUAGUAGUUCAGUCUUCCUUCGCUCACUGUCUCAGGAACAUCACUAUGAAGACAUCCUGGACUUGUCCAAGGAGAACCCAUAUGAAGACAUCGAGUUGGAGAGUCAGUGUUCCCAGCAGUCUUUACCAUCUUCUCCUGGUGCUGACACAAACAAGGCCUCCAGACCUGGAUUCUUCAGGCAGAACUCAGGCAGGAGCUUUAAGCUGCUGGACUUGCGUAAAACCACCCAGCAGCCCAACAGCUCCUGCAGCAGAGGUGUUUCAUCUCCACCACAGCUCAGCCCUCCCUCCACACCAAAAGGACAUGAGCACAACCCCUGGAUGCCUGCAGAUCUAUACAGCCGCACCUGCCAAAGGAUACCAACGGUUGUACUGAGGAUUAACAGCAUGUUUGAGGCUCGGAUCGGAAAAAAACACUUAAGAAGGAUCUACCACUAUGCUGAAACAAGCUCUGGAAGAGUUACAGAUGAAAACAGUGACUCUGAAAGUGAAAUUGAAGAGCGUGCAAAAGCUCAUCGUCAGCGUCUUGUAUCGGUCAAGUCCAUCCUGAGCCAGCCAGACCAGACUCAGGUCCACUACAGCAAUACCAACCCCAGAAACAGCUCUGUAGAGCAUCAGCGUUGCCUCUUUGAGUAUUUCUUGGUUGUGUCGCUGCAGAAAUCAAAGGCUGGUGGUCAGUACGUACCGGCGGUCACACAACAGUUCCCCCUUAAGUUGGAGCAGAGUUUUAAAUUCAUGAGGAAGACCGAUGAUCAGCUCAGAAUCAUCCCUCUGUUCUGUUUUCCUGAUGCAAAAGACUGGGAGCCAGUGGAGAAUUACACCAGUGAGAUGUUCUCCUUUGUCUUGACUGGAGAAGACGGAAGCAGGAGGUUCGGAUACUGCCGGCGUUUACUGCCGAGUGGAAAAGGCAAACGUCUGCCAGAGGUCUAUUGUAUCGUUAGUCACCUUGGCUGCUUCAACCUGUUUUCCAAGGUUCUGGAUGAGGUGGAGAGGAGGAGGGCUCUGUCUCCAGCCCUGGUGCAGCCUUUUAUGAGGGCCAUCAUGGAGGCCCAGUUUCCAGCUCCAGGAAGAACCAUCACCAUCAAAACCUUUCUACCUGGUUCAGGGACUGAGGUGAUGGAGCUGUGUCGUCCGUCUGAUUCUCGUCUGGAACACGUGGACUUUGAGUGUCUGUUCUCCUGUUUGAGUUUACGGCUGCUUCUCAGAGUGUUUGGCUCUUUGCUGCUGGAGCGAAGGGUCAUCUUUACUGCUGACAAACUCAGUACUCUCUCCCAGUGCUGUCAUGCAGUCGUGGCUCUGCUUUACCCCUUCGUGUGGCAGCAUACUUACAUUCCCGUGCUCCCUUCAGACAUGCUAGACAUCGUCUGCACCCCAACACCAUUUAUCGUGGGUCUGCUGUCCAGUUCUUUGCCCCAGCUGACUGAACUGCCCCUAGAGGAGGUUCUGGUUGUAGAUCUUGGAAGCAAUCGAUUUCUCAGACAGUUGGAUGAUGAGGACUCCAUCCUGCCCUUCAAACUUCAAUCUGCCUUGGAGAAUGUUCUGGAGAGAAGAAGAGAGCUCGCUAAUGAGAGAGGAGCACAUAGUGACACUGACCAUAUCAGCACCGUUGUGUCCGAGGGCUUUGUUCGUUUCUUUGUGGAGCUGGUGGGCCACUAUCCACUCUUCAUCAUGGGUGAAAGGGAGGAUGGCUACUCCUCCUCUUCCUCCUCCCCGGUCCCUUGCUUCUUCCAGCGGGAUGGUUUUCGUAAAGCAAUCCCCUCUAAGACUGUACGCCGCUUCCUGGAAGUCUUCAUGGAGACCCAGAUGUUUGGCUGGUUCAUCCAGGAGCGGGAGAUCCACAGACAGGCUGUGCGAGGCCUGUUUGAAGUGAGAGUGCAGGAGUAUCUAGACUCCAUCCAUGACAACGAACACCGCAGGGUUAAUAGGUUUCUCAAAGGCUUGGGAAGCAAAAUGAAAUUUCUGUCCAAGAAAUGAGCCUCUGGAGGUCAAGAAGUAGCAAGUUGUUUCAGACACACUGGAAGAAGAUUUGUGGACUGUAGAUGUUCAACAAAAUGAUUUAACAUUUCAGACCUUUGUUCAUCAUUCCUCUUUAAACCAUAUUCUUCAAAAAACAUCAUGCAUGAGUACAACUCACUUUGUAAAAAGUAGUUUUUGCUAUUACAGUUUGUGCAGCAGGUUCACAUGAAAUGUUAUAAUUUUAAUACUUCCUGCUUCCACCAGGGGGCAGUAGUAUAUUUUCUCUGAUUGGACCAUCUGACCAGAAAUGACACGGGCCUGUUUUCCCGCUCUUUUGGUGACAUCACAAGUGCUUUGACAAGUAAAUAAAUAUCCGCUGUUCUCUUUUUGUA